AAUCAAAGAAUGUUGUAGUUUUACGUUGAUUACACACAUUAUGAUGAUCUGACAGGAUUUGUAUAAACGAUAAGAAACAUUAAAUGUGUGACGUGAGACUGUAAUGUAGCUAGAUAAAAACAGAUAUUUCUCAAAAUAAACAUGUUUCAGAGAAAAUAACUACAAAAGUUUGUUACAUGUAAGCAUUAUAAAGAUGAAGGCAGAAAUGCAGAUAUUAAAUGGUUUAUCUUGACGCUUCUAUUCAAUGUUGCAAAUCCAUGUACUUGUAUAUAUUACACAUUUAUGACGAUGGUUGUGGUUUGCUAUUGGUGGAUCUCAUGUGAGUGACAGGUUGCCCCGCCCUCAUCAUCAGAGAAGAGAAGAUAUUCUGAUUCAAGAUGAAUUUAACACAAUGAUGAUGUGCACGGCUUGAUUUGUUGAGUUCAAGGAUUGACACCUGUCAAUCAAAACGGAAUCAGGAAUGCACUAUUAUUCAAUGCUGCAUCCGAUAAAUCACCGGCGGCUGUGAUUGGUCCGUCCAGCCCAGCGCUGCGGAAAGUAACGCCCUCCGCGUGUCGUCAGAGUCGCGUCAGCUGCUCUGAAUAAUGACAGACGCUCACAGACGCUGAACUGAAAUCACAGUGAAGAGUUAAAACAGGUUCAGCAUUAUUUAUCUCCGUCGUGCAAGAUUAAUUAAACUCCACCGCUUUGAAUGCAGCUCCACCGCUGCGCGCAGCACUCAGUGCGCAUGCGCACUUCUCUUUUCAUUUCUUAAUAUUUAAUAUCAAUGGCUGACGCUCGUUUCUAAAGCAUCUCUUAAAAUUAGGAAGAAAGCUUUGACACAUUUUCUGAACAUCAAGGUGAACGUCAAUCUCUUUGAUUUUAUUCGAUCCUAAUCAGUCAAAAUUCACCCGUAGCACCAAAAUGGGACAGAAAUGUCACAUUUAACCCUUUCCGUUCCACUGUCGACAUUAAAGCGAGCAGAAGAUGAUGCGUCAGGUGUCCGGCGGCAGCGGCGAGUACUGCGUGGACGGCAGGCCCUCGUGUUUAGCGGAGGACGGCAGACUCUCGCCCAGCCACUUUGAUUUGUGUCCCACCAAGUUCUAUCAGUCGUCCCCUCCUCAGCGCUCUCGACAGAUGUGCUUCGCCUACCUGCCGCCGCCGGCCCCGGCCGUCCUCAAACCCUCCUCGUGCCGCGAGGAGCCGCGUCUGCCGCAGGGGCCCGCGGGCGCUCAGGGAAACCACAAAAGCGGGGACUCUAAAAAGAAGGGAGCGUCCGGGAGGUCUGGGAAACGCGGCCGGCCGGCCGGAACCACCAAAUCCGCCGGUUACAGAACCAGCACGGGUAGACCGCUGGGCACCACCAAGGCCGCCGGGUUCAAGACCAGUCCGGGCCGGCCGCCGGGAACCACCAAGGCCGCGGGCUAUAAAGUGAGUCCCGGUCGGCCGCCCGGCAGCAUAAAGAGCCCGUCUCGCCUGGGGAAGCUGAGCUACAGCGCCUGCAGCGGAGCCGCCUUCCCCUACAGCAUCAUGAACAAACCCGCGGCGUGUGACGCGGCGCUGAAGGAGGAGACGGCUGCAGAAACACCAAAAAUGUUGCUCCAAGCUCCGCAGUUCCUCCUCAGCGGAUUCCCCAUUCGACACCAAAAAACUCCUCCUCCAGUCGCCGUCAUGCCGUCCGAGGGCUUCUCCCCGGCUGCCGUGUGUCCGGAUGGCAGUCCGUCCCGGAGCGGCCUGACCUUACCGCUGCACAGCGCUCUCCCGUCCUACUCAUGAGUCCGUGUGCUUUGAUGGACACGGUUCUGACACUGUACAUACCUGUGAGUUCAGCACAUGUGAUCGCUCUGAAUGUCACUGCAUGUCAUGUUGGGUUGUUGUUAGGCUUGAUUUACACGAUAAUGAAGAGUGCAAUAUCUCCAUUGGUGUUUCAUCACUCCAGCACUCCACCAAAGACCUUCAGCAGCUUUCUAUCAUGAUCAUCUUAAUCACACCUGUCAAUCAUCACACGUCUUGUAAUAGUUCCUUUUGUACCGUAUUUACUCUCCCGGCUCUGACGAUGUGUGGGAAUGCUGUCAAGUGAUGUGAAAUGUUCUUAUUGGUUAAUAUCACACUGAUUCAGUAGUAAGUGUAGCCUGUCAGUAGCAGUGUAUGACAUUCAGAAUAGGUUUAUGUUAUUAAUAUUUGUUAUAUUCACAUAAUCGGUGACGUGGGCUUUUAAUUUUCUCUUUCAUUUACUUUGUAAUACAGUUAGAAUACGAAUGUUUGUGAAUGUUUUAUUAAAAUGUAACUACAAUCAAGGAAAUCUCAUUGAUGUUUAUUUCGAUACAAAGCAUGGGAUUUUAUUUUACUGAAGUGAUGAAAAUAAACAAAAGUACAAAAUAAGAAAAUAAGCAAAUUAUAAAAUAGGCUAAUAACAUAAAAUAAAUAUGGUGUACAAACUGAUAUCAUAGUUUUAGUUUUUUAAUAUAGAGUGUAUGUUUUGACAUCAAAGUCUGUUUUUUUCAGUCAAUUCCCACAUGAAAAAAAAACUAGUGUUUUUGAACCAUACUAUAGUAAAUUGUAGUAUACUGUAUAUAUUAUAUUAGUAUUUACAACACCUUGUUAAAUGAAUGUUACAGUGUACUGUAGUGUUAACUAUAGUGAACUGAUCAACUGUAAUAAAUACUGUAGUAUACUUCAGUUUUUACUAUAGUUUAAUGUAGUAUAUAGUUGUAGAAAACUGAAUACAGUAUUGGGUAAAGUAAUUUGUUUAUAUUACUAUAGUUGUUAUAUUACCACAGCAACUAUAGAAUUACCACAACAAAUUAAUUCAAUUACUUUACUAUAGUAUGGUUCAUAAACACUGUAGUAUUUACUAUAGUAUGUUUUAGAUUAGAAUGGCAUAAGAGAGUAUUAAAUAUGGUUAAGGAUUAGAUUAGUGACCCGGACAGUGUGUCUAAAUAAUGUGUAUUUUCACUUUAAUGACUGAUAAACAGUGGUGUAAUGUAAUGAAGUAAUAAUACUCCGUUACAGUACUUAAGUAUUUUUUGGGAGAAUCUGUACUUUACUUGAGUUUUUAUAUUUCUGUCAACUUUUACUCCACUAUUUUUCCUAAAUAAAAUU